UUGGGUGGUGGUACUUUUGAUGUCUCCUUUCUCACUAUCGAUGAAAGGGGACUCAUUGAGGUUAAAGCUACGGGUCGUUAUACACAUUUGGGAGAGUUUACUAAGGCUAAGUUUGAAGAGGUGAAUAUGGACUUGUUCACGAAGUGCAUGGAUAUUGUGAAAACUUGUCUGAGAUAUGUGAAUAUGAGUACUGAUAGCAUUGAUGAAGUGGUUCUUGUUGGUGGAUCGACUUGGAUAUGCAAGAUAAAAGAAUUGUUGAAGGAAUUGUUCAAUGGAAAAGUACUUUACCAACGAAUCAAUCCCGACGAAGCAGUUACAUGUGGGGUUGGGAUGCUAGCUGCAAAGUUAAGUGGUAUGUGUGAUGAAGCUGUGCAGGCUAUGGAGCUGAUUGAUGUCAUUCCUUUGUCCCUUUGUGUUGGCAUUCUUAAUGAUGCUAUGGUUGUAUUAAUUCUAGAAGGUUCACCUAUACCAACCAAGAAGGAACAUACAUUCUGUACAGGUUAUGACAAUCAAACUACUGUAGAUAUUACAGUGUAUCAAGGCGAUAUAUCGAAGUAUAAAGAAAACACUUCUUUGGCACACUUUCUAUUGUCUGGCCUUCCUUCUACCGCGCGGCGUGUAGUUAAGGUAGUUGUACGCUUUGAGAUAGAUGGCAACGGGAUCCUACACGCCUCAGCUAAAUAAAUAACUACUAGAAGAUGCAACAUGAUAAAGAUAACUAACACUGGAUCUCUAUCAAAAGCAGAGGUUAAGAAGAUGAUCCCACAUGUAGAAAGUGGAGAAGCGUCAAGCUUUGACAGACAUUGUUUAUAAAGCAAAAGCCAAGAUAAAGGAUUAUGAUUUUCGAGUGAAGCUUAGGGAGACGCUGCUUAGUGUAAAAGGGUUGGAAGACUUAGACGACAAGAUUAAGGCAGAGUGGCUUGAUAUACACCCUUAUGCUGAAAUUUUUGAGUUGGAAGACAAGGAAAAGGAGUUUAACAAAAUAUGGAGCGUUACCAAGUUGUAAUUCAUCAAGAUGAUACUUAAAGCUUACCUCUCAUUUUUGUAUUUAGUUGUUCCUGCGGAUGGUAAAAUCAGUAGAAUCUUAAGAACUUUAAUUCUUUUUGUCACUAGUUGACAAACAAUGGGAAACCUUAACUAAUAAAAUGUGGAUUAUAAUAGAAUCCUAAGAACUUCAAUUC